GCUUGCUUUGGCUGCAGCGCUGGGUGGCGCUCGUGUGGGUUUAAGAAAUUGCGGCGGAGAUAUUCACGGAGUACCUUUCGGAUAGGGGACGAAGCAGCUGCAUCUGGGCUUGAGCGAGAGACCGGCGGACGAGUGAAUAUCGAAGGCGUCUCUCUCUCUCUCUUUCUCUCUCUCUCUCUCUCUCUCUCUCUCUCUCUCUGUCUCUCUCUCUCUCUUUCCCUCCCUCAUUGUGGGACGUUCCGCCGGGGGAGGGUGCGCCGGAAGCCCAGCCCAGGACACAGACGGGACGCCCGACUCCGUUUCGGCAGAGUACUGGACACGCGCGGCUCGGCGGGGGAGGGGGUGUGAGAGGUCAGACCCGUAUCGGACGGCACCGGGGGUGGGUGGGUGGGUGGGGGGUUGGGGGGUCUCUCGCUGACUGGCUGGCGGCGGACACGGGACACGGGACUAACGAGCGGCCCAUGGGGGGGCAGGGCCACGUCGACGAGCUUUGGGAGCCCCGCCUCUCCUCUCCGCUGAAAUCGCCGCCUCUCCUCCCGCUCCCUGACCGCGUCCGCUCUCCCGAUUCCCGCCCCUUCGUCUCCAGCGGGGGGUGAGCGGCGCGCGGGACCGACCGAGGGACGACCGAGGUUACGACCGCAACUCGACCGCGCGCUCUUCCGGAGCCUCUGACUUUCCUUUCUCCUCUUUCUCUUUCUCUCCGCCUUUUUAUUCCCCGCCUUCCGCCUCCCGGCUUCCGCAAGGAUGAACCUCUCCCUUUUUCCCUGCCGAAGGACGGUCGCGUGGUGACCGCGGGGGGGAGGGGGGGUGGGAGAGAGGGGGAAGGCUGGAGGUCGCGGUCGCAGUCGUGGUCGUGAGACCGGAUCCAGGACCAUGUCGUGGAAGAGGAACUACUUUGCGUCCGGCAGCAGCGGUAUGCAGGGGAUCUUCACGCCGCGGAACAUGACGUCCAUCGCCCCCAGCAAGGGCCUCAGCAACGAGCCGGGACAGAACAGCUGCUUCCUCAACAGCGCGCUGCAGGUCCUGUGGCACCUGGAUAUCUUUCGUAGGAGUUUUCGUCAGCUGACCACACACAAGUGCAUGGAGGACUCCUGUAUCUUCUGUGCUCUCAAGAGCAUAUUUGCGCAGUUCCAGUUCAGCAGCGAGAAGGUGCUCCCCUCCGACGCCCUGCGCAGCGCUCUGGCCAAGACCUUCCAGGACGAGCAGCGCUUCCAGCUGGGCAUCAUGGACGACGCCGCCGAGUGCUUCGAGAACCUGCUGAUGCGGAUCCACUUCCACAUCUCGGAUGAGACGCAGGAGGACAUCUGCACCGCCAAGCACUGCAUCCCGCACCAGAAGUUCGCCAUGACGCUCUUCGAGCAGUGUGUGUGUAACAGCUGUGGGGCCACGUCAGACCCUCUACCCUUCAUACAGAUGGUCCACUACAUCUCCACCACCUCCCUCUGCUGCAGUAACCAAGCCGUCCGCAUGCUGGAGUGCCGGGAGAAGCCCACGCCGGACAUGUUCGGGGAGCUGCUCCGCACCGCCAGCACCAUGGGCGACCUGCGCAAUUGUCCCAGUAACUGUGGGGAGAUGUUGCGUAUUCGGCGGGUGCUGAUGAACUCCCCAGAGAUCAUCACCAUAGGCCUGGUGUGGGACUCGGAGAACUCUGACCUGGCUGAAGAUGUCAUCCACAGCCUGGGCACCUGCCUCCGUCUGGGCGAUCUUUUCUUCCGGGUGACGGAUGACAGGGCCAAGCAGUCAGAGCUCUACCUUGUGGGCAUGGUGUGUUACUACGGCAAGCAUUACUCUACCUUCUUCUUCCAAACCAAGAUCCGCAAGUGGAUGUACUUUGACGACGCACACGUCAAAGAGAUCGGGCCCAAGUGGAAGGAUGUGGUCUCCCGGUGUAUCAAGGGACACUACCAGCCCCUGCUGCUGCUCUACGCUGACCCCCGGGGGACGCCGGUGGCACUGCAGGACCUGCCCACUCACCUCGACCUGCACCACUGCAGCAAGGCUGGCUACGACAGCGAAGACUCAGGGCGGGAGCCGUCCAUCUCCAGCGACACGCGCACGGACUCCUCGGCGGACAGCUACACGCACCGGCGCUCGCACCCGCACCACGAGUCCAUGGCCAGCCGCUUCUCCUCGGACUCGCAGGGCACCGUCGUCUGUCACCCCGACGAUGACGACAAGGGCUCCCAGAGCAGCAUGGACGCUCCAGGGGAGACACUGAAAGACCAGCAGACCCCUCGGUCCACACCCAAGCCCUGCCCGUCGGGCCGGCUGAGGGACUUCAAGGACCCGGGGCCCAUGGCGCACAGCCGGCCCCUGUCGUCCUCCUCCAGCUCGGGGGUGGGCAGCUCGGAGCCCGGGGCGCGGGCCCACGACUGGGAGGACGAGAGCACCAGCAGCGAGUCCAAGUCCAGCUCCUCCGGGGGGCGCUACCGCCCGGCCUGGAGGCCCCGCCGCGAGGCCCUGAACAUCGACAGCAUCUUCAGCCGGGAGCGGCCCCGGCAGGCCGGGAGCGGGCCCCCGGGGGCCACAGCCCUGCCGGAGGACGCCGGCGCGCAGGGGGUGGGGACGGGACUCGGGACGGGGACGGGGGCGGGGCCGGGGCCGGGGCCAGGGACGGGAUGCGUCCUGACGCCCGUCGCCAGCGUCGUGGAGCGCUGCCCGCCGCCCCCGCCGCCAUUGAGGGGGCUCGACCCCCCGCCCCGCCUGAUUCAGAGGAUGGAGAGUGGCUACGAGAGCAGCGAGAGGAACAGCAACAGCCCUGUCAGCAUGGAUAUGCCCCUUGCUGAGGCAAACAGAGCCGCCCCUCUCAGGGACGCUGCGGUGAAGAAACCUUUGACUCCUGUACCGUCCUGGCGCAGUGUCCCCAAAUCCAAGAGCAGCAGUGCCAUCCUGCAGGACAACAGAACGCCCACACCCUCCUGGAACAGCAGCCACGUCAACCUCGCCGGUGAAGGCCGCAGCGAGCUGGACGAGCUGCAGGAGGAGGUGGCUCGCCGCGCGCGGCAGCAGGAGCUGCAGAGGGAGAGGGAGAAGGAGAGAGAGGUCGCCAUGGGCUUCAACCCCAGACCCAGCAAGUACAUGGACCUGGAUGAGCUACAGCACCAGGGGACGGGGGACGGCUCUGAGCGCUGCCUCGCCGAGGCCGACGCCCUGCUAGAGCAGUCCCUGCGUCUCGAGCAGGGCUCGGACCUGGCCGCGGCGCUGUGCGUCUGCAACCAGGCAGUGUCCAAACUAAGACUUGCCAUGCAUGAGGGCAGAACUCACACUCAUAGCAGGACAAUGGCUGCAGAAACCAAGCUGCAAAAGUGCAUGAGGAGAGCACGGGGCCUACAGCAGCGCAUGCAGCCGCAGCCGCAGCCGCAACCGCAACCGCAACCGGCGCAGCAGGAGCAGACCCGCCCACAGGGGCCUCCCAGUGAACAGCCUGGCUCGGUCCAAGUAUUGCUGACAACCAAUAAGGAAGGGGAUUGGGAAGUAGGCCAGGACACCGCCCUUGGCCCGCCCUCUCCUCUUCACGCCAAGCCCCUCCCCCCUUGUAGAAACUCGCUCUCCGACCCUCUGAGCCAUGUCCUGUCUCCCUGCCCCCUCCCGCCUGUGGGGCCGCAAAGGAACCAGGGUGAUCACCCACCCCCUUCCCCUCCAAAAUGGAGGGACACCGCUGAGCUCUCCAACAUCAUCCAGACCUCAGGUCCACGGAUCCGUCCUGUCCACAGAAACAACGCCACGUCUUUACCCGCACUGCCCCUUGACUGCCGGGGGUCUGAGGGGGAGGGGCUUGCCCCACCAGAGCUCCCGCCCCCUCCCCCUCCCCCACCUCCGCUCCCACCUCUACAACGCCAGGCUGCCAGCCAAGUCCCAGCGCAUGAGUCACGACACAGCAACGGCCCCUCACCGGCUCUCACAGAGCCAGAGAAGAGGGUUGCCAAGGCAGGGUCCGCUUCCCCACAGUCACUCUGGAUCUCUCCUCGUGCACACCCCGCUGCUCCAUCUCCCACAAGCCCUGGGCUGGCCCCUCCUACUCGCCACUGGUCCUCCUGGAGCCUGGACAGGCCGGACAGCGUGGUUGCUGCUUUCCACACCCCGCCCGAUCGCCACACCAGGCUGUCCCCUCUGCCCCACCCUACCCCGAGCAUGCCAGGUCACCCCUCCCCACCUCAGGAAGCGGCUGAGCCCGGCACUCAGGCGCCAGAGGAAGGCCGGGGCGGGAUCAUCGGCCGCUACUACAAUUCCCAGCAUGCCCCGGGCAGAGGGAGAACAUCGCCAGAGGAGGAGCUCUCUGAGCUGGACUCCCUCUACCAGGCCAGCCUGCAGGCCGGUCCCUGCCUCCCUCGGGCCCCACAAGGUGCCAGCUCGCCAGCCUGGAAACUAGGGCCGGUGAUGGCACACACCCGUCUCCCUGGGACAGCCCCGCCCGGACGGUCCCGAACGCCCACAGCAGAGAUAGAGAAGACUGUGUACAGAGCCCCGGGCUGCGUAAGCACUGCUGACUACCAACAAGUGGCGGCGUCAGGCUGGGGGCCCUGGGGCGGGGAGGAGGAGCCGUACAGCCCCGAGAACCUGCGCCGCGUGGCGCGCAGCCUGAGCGGGACCGCCAUCGGAGCACAGCGCCAACACCUGGCCGUCUCCCGCAGCUUUCGCGCGGACGCCAGCGCCACAGGCCGCGCCCGUCCCCUUCCCCACCUCACUUCCUCCCACAAUCCUCCCGUGCCGCCUUCUGACCCCCAGCACCACCACCUCCACCUCCAUCACCGCCCUGUCCUGCCAACAUCCCUACCCCAGCAGUAGGCAUGGGCCGCUGGGCGGUGGCCUCCUGAGGGACCCCCCCCCCAGGAGGUGACCAGGAGGCCCCGGAGCUUCUGGCUGUGUUUGACGGGGGUGAAGCUCUCUCCAGUGAAGAGCGCCGCGCUUCACUGAGCGACGAGCCGCUCGUGGCACCUCGCCGGGCAGCC